AUGGAUAUGGUCACCCAGGAGCAGGACUCGACGCUGCGACGUUGGGUCUCGUACAAGGGGAAGAGGCGGCCGUCGAAGAAAGAUCGCGACUUUCUGUGCGAGGAAACUAAACUGAGUCGGCCGCAGUUUGAAUCGUGGUGGGAUUGUAAUGUCGAAGCUCUCAAACGCGACAAAGCUCCAACGAUUCCAGCGAUUCCAGCAAACCAAUAUGGAUUCGGCCUGCCUCUAAUGAGUAAUAUCAACCCGACUCUUCCGCUGAAUGUCUCAAAGCCCGUAUCGCAUUCGCAGGAGCUACACGAUGUUCCUCAGUUCCAGCCGAUGGAUGUCGAUUUCGAUUUAUACUCACCACCACAAGAUGUCUGGUCGCCGAUAGAAAUACCCCAACAGGAAACCUAUCAAUUCCCGAGCACCUACAAUGGCCACAAUUCUUAUAGUAGCGAUGCGUGGUCGCAACAUUCCGGCUCUCAGAAUCGAUCGAGUCGUUCUACAUCGUCCUCAAUUCUGGAAACGUAUUCCUUGAUCUCUCCGCAAUCUGCUGUACGAUCGUCUUACGGCUCGUCUCUCUGGACCGCAGAUUCCGCAUCGACGCUCAAUUCCGUUUACGAUCCGACUUUGGAGGAUCUCAUGAUGGAAGAUGUUGGUUGCGAGCAAGCUCAGCCGAUCAGCAUUGGCAAAUUUAAUUCGAAUCCAUCUGCGCGCCCAGCCUCGAAGUUCUCCUGUAAAUCGAUUCCGGAAGAACACGUUCAUUUCGACACGCAACAUCACCACCCCACACCACCGAUUCCACAGGACAUUCCACCCCCGGUGCCUGCAAAGCCUGGAAAGAUAACAUAUCAAUGUACAGUGUGCCGUAAACCAUUCAACAGAAAAGACGAUUGGAGAAGACACGAAGAAUCGCAUGAGCCGCAGAAGUACUGGAUAUGUAUGGUCGACCGAGAUCCGGCGCUGAGCACACCAACAGGAUGGCUCUGCGUAUUUUGCGAUACAGUCAAACCGGAUCGCAAUGAAAUCAUGUUACAUCUCAUCAAGGAACAUCAAAUUAACGAAUGCACAAACAAAUCUGUAUCGAAACGAAGAUGGGGAAGGAAGGAUAAGCUCAAGCAGCAUUUGCAACAGGUUCAUCAUCUAGCAGAGACUUCAGCAGGUGCUUGGGAAGAAUGGAGGAGAGACAACACGCCAAAGAAAUGGGCGUGGGGCUGUGGAUUUUGUGGUGUGUGCUCAUUCACAUGGAAAGGCCGUAAUGACCACAUCGCCGAGCAUUAUGAAAAGCAGAAUUUGAGUGCUUUCCAGUGGUGUCAUUCUCGCGUAGUAAAAGCCUUGUUGAAGCAAGCGUAUCCCGACUUCAAUGCUCUCACGGCGUGGAAAGCCCGAUUCCCAAAUGGCGAUAAAGAUAUUCAGUGGUCGGAAGCCGAUGCAACCAGGCUGAGAAGAAAGCUGGAAUUCCACGAGGACCUGCCAGAUAGGAUAGCUGGCGAGGCCCAAGUAAUGGCGCUCAAAUUUCGAGCCAACUUUCAAACUCUUGCCUGGAAUCCAGCGCCCUCUAGAGGAACGACACUCACAACGCCAAUUGGCUAUGUGGAUGUUAAUAAAGGUCCGUGGCAACUCGACUCGAAGGAGAUUGUUCCACAUAUCAAGUCUUCAUCAACUCCGGAACCUGCUCCGAUGGCAUAUGAGCUUCCUGCGGCGAGUCGGACCAAUUUCUUUUAG